GCUGCACGCACGGUCUCCAUCACGCGCACCGGUCACACGGUACGGACUUAUCGGAGGAAGAGAGCGAACGUUAAGUGCAGACAGAUAUUAAAAGAAUAUGGGACCAAAAGAUUUGUAUUGUUUUUAACUACAGAGUUUGGAAAGUAGGGGAGUUACGACGCGCGCUCGUUUCUGGAUAACCGGAGUGUUUCUUUACGCGCAGUUAUGGAGGUUUUGGGUUUUAAGAGUUUCGCGGUUUGGAUUUCAUUUCUGACUGGGUUUGGGAUGGCAAAUUACUCAGAAGACCAGUGCAGCUGGAGAGGAAGUGGUCUCUCUCAAGCGGCCAAAAAUGUGGAGCAGGUUUGGUUGAGGUGUGCAGAAGGCUCCGUUGAGUGGCUGUACCCCGCCGGAGCAUUACGUCUUACUCUUGCGCCCAGGCUGCCAUGGAGUGCCAUGGGACCGGGUGAGUCCACCAACCGCCCAGUUUCAGCCUGCAUCAAGCCGGAUCAGCACUGGGGUGGUGCUCAGCUCUACUUGGAGCGAGAUGGUGUCCUGGAGCUUCUGGUGGGAGAUGGUGAGGAGAAACCCCAUUCGGCACACGUGCGAUGCUUCAGUGCCGUGCCUGGAGAACGACCAGCCCUAUUCCUACAGGCGACACCUCACCAAGACAUAAGCAAACGCAUAGCGACGUUUCGAUAUGAGCUGAGAGGUGAUUGGACGGCACAGUUGUCAGUCAACACUGAUCUGAUCAGCAACGAAGGAGCUUGCAGGCCGUGCAACAACACAGAGAUCUUGAUGGCCGUGUGCACUAGCGACUUUGUGGUUCGUGGAAACAUCCGUUCUGUGGAGACCGACUCCAACCUCAAAGCGGCGGUGAUCAAAGUCAGCGCUACGAGAGUCUACCGACAGAAGCUCGCUCUUUUUCCUGAAUCGGGUCGUCUGACGCGGUCUGGGGAGAUUCGGACGGCGCUUCAGUGUGGCGUUCGGCCUGGACCCGGUAGCUUUCUGUUUACUGGCCGCGUGCACUUCGGAGAGGCGUGGCUCGGGUGCGCCCCGCGUUAUAAAGACUUCCUGAAGGCAUACGAAGACGCCAAACAAUCUCUUACUAUUCCCUGCACCCUGGUCAACGACUGAGUGAAGAACCAGGAUCCUGUGUGGACACUUGAACGGUGGGACCGUUACCCUGUGUGAUAAGCACCGGAAAUCUCUCCUGGAUUUCGCCGAAAGAGAGAGAGAUGAUUAUGGUUGAAUGACAGGAGAAGGAUGAAGAGAAAGUCUGAAUAUUUGGGACCUAGAGUGUCCUGGUUUAUCUCUCAGUUUGGGGACCGUGAUAGGACCCCUUUCUUAACUCAGGAAGUUUUCUCUUUGGACACUUUUUGAUAUCAGAAAUAUCCAAAGUCCUUGUGAUGUAGAGGACAAAGUCAAACUCCACCUGUGUGUUGAGUUCUCAAAUAAGCUGUACGCAGUGCAUGUAGCGCAGAACGCCAACGAAGAACAUUUCGAUUUGUCAUGCUUUAUAUGAAAAGAAACUUUUUAAAUUCAGAGUUUAUAUAUUUUCAAUUUCAUUUCUUUUCAAAAUUUGCACUGGCAUGAAGAAGAGGACGACCGGUGCGAGAUAUAAAUGCUGCAAGCACUGAGAACCAAAAUGAAUUUGACUAUAUGUAGCAUAGCAGAGAAAGAGGUUUCUAUACAUAGAUAUAUGUAAAAAUAUAUAUAUUCUAUAAUAUUGAAAAGUUAUCAACUAUGAUGUAUAUGCUAACAUACAAGGAAUAAUAACAAAACAGAUGAAACAGAAAUAGCAUAUUAAUCAUUUCACGGUUAGACGGCGCGUGUCGAUUACCUCAAGCUUAACAUCACCACUCCCCUUUUAUGGUUAUGCAUUCAGAGAUGGAAACACAGUAAAAGUUAUGAUUGUGCUGGCCUAAAGUUGUUGUACAUGGUGAAGGAGGCAGAUGGAGCACUUUUCCUUGAAACAAAAAUAAUUAUUGUCUUUACCGUCUGUGAAAAAUGCAAGUGUCAAUAAUCACAAUGAACUUCUGUGAAUAAACUUCUGUCAGUUUACAGACACAUCAACAGGGUAUCCUCAGAAAUCUAGACAAGGCUGGACUUCAUCUUAAAUUAAAGUAUAUAUGUCAAUCUCACUGUGUAUCUAUAAAGAUGAUAAAGAGUCUUAAAACCAGAUGUAAUGCUUUCUAAAACGCAAUACUGACACUGAUGCUGCUUCUCAUUGAAGUUUCACGAUCUAAGAGCUGCUGUCCUUCAUCUCAUUCUGUUCAUCCACUUUUGCUUUCGUUUCUUUUAAUAUCCACUGUCAACGAUGUUUGUGCACUAAACGAAUGAACAGCAAACCAAACGUGAGCGAACAGAAAUGCAAAGCUGCCAUAUUGUAUGCUGCCUGUGUGUGUCCGAUACGUCUUUAACUGACUGCUGUACGUAAAUAUAUAUAUAUAUAUAUAUAUGUGAGUUUAUGUGGAUAUUGAUGUACAUAAGAUGUUUUUAAAAAAAACUGAACAAAGAAAUAUUCUGUUAACAAUGUAGA